CACCGUGACUGAGGCGUUCUAAGGAGUGGAGUUACUUCUUGUUAAGUUAAAAGCCAAAAGAUCCAGUAAAUGAGUGUAUGAUGCCACAUCUAAUCUAAAAUACAGGUGACAUUUCUAACGGCAAAAGCUGCAGAACGUUUAGCUUCGGCAAGACUGUUGUGGUUAUUGUCCCCAAAGAAUAAGGACGCUGGGCAUUUGUGUAGUACGUCAUUGGGAAGCGCGAAAGAGUUGAAAGCUGACAAAACACGUUUUGCGAUAGAGCAACUCGCAGCCUACAAGCUGCUGUAGCACCUGAAGUGACGGUUUGCUGGUUUUGAAUAUCUGGUCAAUUUUAAAUAGUGUAGUUACUUUGCAUGCAUUUUUUGUCUGUUAAAUUUAUUUUUCGCCAUGUGUGACUUGGAUGAGGGGAGUAAUGAAGACAGCAUGGGAAGAGACAGUGUUAAAAGGAUUUCAUCGAAGUGCAUGAAAUGUAAAGAAAGUCCUGCCUUGCUGAUUAUUAGAGUUGGAGAUGCUUUUUGUCGGAAUUGCUUUAAGGAGUAUUUUGUUCAUAAAUUCCGUGCCAUGCUGGGGAAGAAUCGCCUUGUUUUCCCAGGAGAAAAGGUACUGCUUGCUGUUUCUGGUGGUCCUUCAUCCAGCUCGCUUCUGUUUCAAGUUCAAGAGGGCCUGAGUCAUAAAGCUUCAAAAAAGCUUCGCUUUGUUCCAGGGAUAGUCCAUAUAGAAGAGGGUGCUGCAUGUGGAAAAACCCUAGAAGAAAGAACUAAAAUAGUUGCUGAUUUAAAAUCAAUUUUCUCUACUUCAGGAUUCCCAUUUGUCAUUGUCUACCUGGAAGAGGUUUUCAGCCUUCCUAGCUCAGUUCUGCAAUCAAUUUUUUCCCUUCCUACUGAAAAGGAUGACCUUUACAAAGACGCUGUAGCUGGGUUCAUGCAAAGCUGUCACACUUCAGUCAAGAAGAAUCUCUGUCAUGAGACAGUAGCUCAGGAAACCACUCUAACAGAGGAUCAUACCCAUGCUUCACUCCUAAGCACACAUGCUCAUGCAAAUGAGACAUCAAUCUCUGCAUUCAGGGGCAAGUUUCCAUUUUCUCCUGAGCAGACAGAAGCAGUAGAAAAACUGUUUGCAUCUAUGAAAACUCUAACAGCAAAAGAAGAGAUGCUUCAGACACUCAGGAAACACUUGAUUCUGUACACUGCGAGAAUCAAAGGUUAUUCUAAGGUGAUGAUGGGAGACAGCUGUACUCGUUUAGCAGUGAAGUUGUUAGCCAAUAUCUGUCUUGGAAGAGGAGCUUUUCUUGCAAUGGACACAGGAUUCUCUGAUCCUCGCCAUGGUGAUAUUACCAUAAUCCGUCCAAUGAGAGAGUACUCCGCAAAAGAAAUUGCAUUUUAUAACAAGCUAUUUGGGGUUCCAUCUGUUUUUACUGCAGGCCUGAAUACAAAGGCACCAGAAAAGGCCAGCAUCCAACACUUGACAGAGAGCUUUAUUGUCAAACUCCAGGCAGACUUUCCUUCCACGGUCAGCACUAUUUACAGAACAAGUGAGAAACUCAACCCUAGAUACUCGCAGACACCUGCUGAUGACAAGGGGACUGAAACCUGUCUUUUGUGCUCGUGUGUGUUAGGCAUUGAACUCAGAGAUGAGGCCUCUGCAUUCCGUGCCAUUAGUAUCUCAGAAGAACUGUCCCAAAGUAAGAAGCCUGAGGGAGGCCAAGUUAGCAGCUCUACGAUGGAAGAGUGCUGUGCAGAAAACAAGAUGGAGACCUUGGAGAGCAGUGGGUGUAGCUGCCAGAGCCGGGAGAGAAGAAACACAACUCCUGACUUUUGGAGUUUACUCUGCUACAGCUGCAAGUUAGUUGUUAAAGAUAUGACCUCCUUGGACUUGUUGCCAGAAUACAUCUUAGAAGAAGCAAACCGCAGACAACGCAGGACUCAAAUAAAGAGGGAAAUACAAGAAUAUCUUUUAACUUCAGAGGAUGAUGCGGACACUGCUCCCUAAUUUUCAUCAUUGGGAGCAUUCAAGUUUUUUUUAUUAUUUUUAUUAAUAUUUUUAAGAGACCGCACACUCUCCAUCUCUUUGUUAACAUGGACUUCCUGACAGAUAGCUACCUACACGUAAGUGCCUGUAUCAGACCUCGGACAUCUUCUCCCAAUGUGAUAUUUGAACAUGUUAAUGCCUUCCUCGACUAAGGCAGAUAUUUUUAUCAUGUUUUAGGUUAUUUUUUUUAAAUAUUGAGCACUUCACAAACCUCAUUCUUUUUAAAGUUGAAUGUUUGACACUGGCUUUAGGUAAGCGGUUUAUCAUCAUGGUGUCAUUUGUUUUAAAACUGAUUUUAAAUGUGAUGUAAACAGAUAGGGCUCGUAAUAUUUUUUUGUAAUUCUGUAUGUUGCAUACAUUGCCUUUAAAGAUUCCCACCCUUGAAGCUUUUAAUUUAGUAUUUUGAGACAUCUAGCAUGGAUUCUUAUUUACUAAUGAAACACUCAGACCUUGGGUCCUAAAAUAAAAUUCAAAUAAAGCCCAGGUUAAAGAUA